AUGGCUAAUGAUGGGAACAAAUCUGAUCCCUCUUACUCUCUUUACCAUUCUGAUCAUCCUGGAAUGGUUCUUGUUUCAAAACCUCUCAAUGGUGACAAUUAUUCAACUUGGCGUCGAGCCAUUACCAUCUCGUUAAAUGCAAAAUCUAAAUUUGGUUUUGUUGAUGGAACUCUCAAAGCAUCAUCUGCCGAAACCAAACUAGAAGACUACCCAACAUGGAAAAAAUGCAAUGAUAUGGUGUUUUCAUGGAUUCUUAAUUCAUUGGCCCCUGAUAUUGCAGACAAUAUUAUUUUUAUGAUACUGCUCAUGAAGUUUGGAAAGAUCUUCAAAAUCGUUUCUUUCAAAGCAAUGCACCACGCAUUUUCCAACUCUAGAAAGAGAUUGCUUGCCUUACUCAAGAUCAACAGACGGUUGCUGCCUACUAUACAAAGUUAA